AAGACAGCCGCUGUAAUCUGAAGAUUCGACGACCGUCGCAUUUUAAUUGAUCUCAUGACUACAAUGGACAGUAAAGAAAACAUUGUGGUCAAUGAUAUUUUGGAGAAAUUUGGCCGAUAUCAGAUAAUUCAAUAUAUAUUUAUAUGUUUACCGAUAGUUUUUGUAUCAAUGAAUAUGAUUAAUUUUGUAUUUGUUGCUGGGGACAUAGGUUAUCGAUGCUAUAUACCCGAAUGUGACGACAUAAACCCAAAAUACAAAGUACCGUGGUGGCCAUCAGAUGUCAUCCAUGACAAAUGUUCUGCACCCAAAUUUACCGGCUACGAUGGAAACUCUUGCACCAAUGAGAGCUUUUCCAGAAACGAGACAGAAAUGUGCACCAAAUGGGUGUAUGAAAGUAACAAUACUAUAGUUGGUGAGCUCAACCUUGCCUGUCAGCCGUGGAAAAUUAAUAGCAUUGGUAUGAUACACAACAUAGGGCUGGACAUAUCUAUGGUUGUCGCUGGAUGGCUUUCAGAUAAGUUUGGACGCAAGCCAGUUUUCGUUGUAUCAUCUGUUUGUUGCGUUUUGGGCAGUUUAAAAACGCUUGCAACCUCAUACACCAUGUACGCGACUUGCGAGUUUCUCGAAAGUGUUUUUUCGGGAGGAGCUUUCACAGCUGGAAGUGUAUUAAUGCUAGAAAUAGCUGGUAAACAUAGAAUUCUUUCGGGAGUUUUAUUUGCCUAUGCACUCUACAUGGGGGAAGCAGUAUUGGCUUGUCUCGGAAUGCUGGUACCAUACUGGAAGAACCUACUUUACUUGUUAUGCACGCCAUGUAUCGUCUUCCUCUCAUACAUAUUUUUCAUAAAAGAAAGCCCAAGAUGGCAAGUAUUAAACGGAAAAAUUACAGACGCGAAGAAAACAAUGAUAAUUAUGUCUAAAUUGAAUAAUAUCGAUUUUAGUAUGGAAGAUAUGAACAACAUAAGCAAUGAUAAUCUAAAAAAUAUUUUGAUUGGUGAUGUUAAAGAAUCCAGUGAAGGUUAUAUUGAUGUCAUUAAAUGUAAAGAAAUUUUGAAGAAUUUAGCAGUGGCAUUCUUCUGUCGGUUUUCUGUCAGCUUUAUUUACUACGGGUUGAUUGUUAAUUCUGUUCUCCUUCCUGGAAAUAAGUAUACAAAUCUAUUGCUAGCCGCGUGCAUGUCAUUUCCUGGAGAAUUGAUCUCAAUGUAUUUUAUGAAUAAAAUUGGGAGAAAAACGCCAUUAACUGUUGGUUUUAUAAUUUGCGGCAUAGCUUGCGUUGGAUGUGGUUAUGUACCCGAUGGUUAUACUGGUAUAAAAAUUACAUUGUUCUUAAUUGGAAAACUAGUAGUAGCAGCUUGUUAUACCGGCUUGCUUACUUAUACUAUGGAAUUGUUUCCUACAAGUGUAAGAGGAUCUUUAAUUGGAUUAUGUACAUUAGCGUCGUCUCUUGGAACGACAACAGCGCCGCUCUCUAUGAUGAUGUCAUCAAAUUCAAUGACACUCACGUCAGUUUGCUUCGGAUGCACGGCAGCUAUUUCUAGCUUCAUUCUCAUAUUCCCACCAGAGACUAAAGACAUGCCGCUUAUUGACACCAUUGCUGAACUUCGAUCUGCACAUAAUCUAAAAAACCAGUAUGGGAAGGAUAAUCCUGUAUGCGACUCUGUGAUUUCAAAUGAUUAAAGGAUUAAAUUACUACAUAAACGAAACUGUGCAGGAUAUUGAACUAUUCGUCGUAUUUCUUUUAUUGCACAAGUUAAAUGCGUAGUACUAUUUCAAAAGCUACAGAUAUAUUGUCACAGUAAAAGUCGUCGAAAUAAUCUUAAAUAAGAACUAACUACGUGUGACAAACAUUUUUUUUUUUUUUUUAUGGAAUAGGAGGACAAACGAGCGUACGGGUCACCUGGUGUUAAGUGAUCACCGCCGCCCACAUUCUCUUGCAACACCAGAGGAAUCACAAGAGCGUUGCCGGCCUUUAAGGAAGGUGUACGCGCUUUUUUUGAAGGUACCCAUGUCGUAUCGUCCCCGAAACACCGCACAAGGAAGCUCAUUCCACAGCUUUGUAGUACGAGGGAGAAAGCUUCUUGAAAACCGCACUGUGGAGGACCGCCACACAUCCAGAUGGUGGGGAUGAUAUCCUAACUUGUGGCGUGUCGUGCGAUGGUGAAAUUCGGCGGCAGGAAUCAGGUUAAACAGCUCUUCGGAACACUCCCCGUGAUAAAUGCGGUAGAAGACACACAAUGAAGCGACGUCUCUACGCAACGCCAAGUGAUCCAGCCGUUCACAGAGCACUGAGUCCCCGACAAUUCGAGCUGCUCUACGUUGCACGCGGUCAAAUGGAUCGAGCAGAUACUGGGGUGCACCAGACCAGAGAUGACAGCAAUACUCCAUGUGUGGCCGGACCUGCGCUUUGUAGAGCGCUAGAAUGUGGGCCGGCUUGAAGUAUUGCCGUGCUCUAUUGAUGACGCCCAGCUUCUUCGAAGCCAAUUUGGCUUUGCCCUCCAGAUGGCCACGGAAUUGGCAAUCGCUCGAGAUUUCGAGACCCAGUAUUCCGAUACUAGGCGCGGCUUUAAGAGAAGUGUUCUCGAAGAGCGGUGAUACGACAAAUGGGGUUUUUUUAGUGGUAAACGCGCAAACUUGAGUCUUCUGGGGGUUAAAUUUGACAAGGUUCAAUUUACCCCAUUCUGCGACCUUCUCGAGAGAGGACUCGAUAGAAGACACAAGUUUCUCCCGGCACUGGUCGACGAUUUCCCGAGAACCUGCAUGGCCCGUGUAUACGGCAUCACGAUUGGAGAAAUGCCAUCCGGCCCGCUCGACUUCCUGACGUCCAACGAAAACAGAGCUCGCCUAACAGUUUUCUGUCUGAACUGUACUUCAGGCAUAGAGCUCUGACACAGCGGGAUGGUCGGCGGUGUUUUUCCGUUGUCGUCAAGAGUCGAGUUGGAGGCGAAAAGAGCGCACAGGAGCUCGGCUUUCUCUUUUGCCGUAUGGGCCAGGGUGUCAUUCCUCAUGUGCAACGGCGGCAUGGACGGCUGGUUGAAGUUACCAAGAGCAGCUUUCGACAACGACCAGAACUUGCGUGUUCCGGUCGGGUAACUGGAAAGCUGCUCGCCGAUUUUGACGACGUGCUUAGAUUUCGCACGGGCGAUUUGCCGCUUAAAAAAUCUGGAGGCACGGUUAUAUUUCCUCUUAAGAACUUUGCAGUUCGGAUCCUUUGUGCCCAGCGCCGCAACCCAAGUUCGAUACGCCUGUUUUUUGCAGUCAGAUGCUGCUUUAACUGACGCAUCGAACCAGGGCUGUGAUCUGCCACCGAUCGGUACUACAGAGCUUGGUAUAAAAAUAUCCAUGCCCUGCAGUAUCACAUCGCCUACUGCAAUGGCGCAGGCACUAGGAUCAUCCGAAGAGAAACAAACCUUGCCCCAAGGGUAGGAUGCAAAAAAGGAACGCAUCCUAUCCCAAUAUGCUGACUUGUAGUGCCAAACGCGGCGGGUCGCUGGUGGUCUGCGACGUUGGCGUCGGAUAGGCACUACACUCCUGACCAGGCAAUGGUCGGACGUUCCAAGAGGGGCGUCGACAAAGACCUGGUAACCAUCGGGAUGUGUAGUCAGCAGAAGAUCUAAUAAGGACGGCAUGUGGCUAUCCACAUCCGGGAGCCGCGUUGGCGACUCAACCAAUUGGGACAGACCAUACGCCAAUGCAAAAUUAUGCACAGAUCGCCCUGCGUAGUCUGUGGUACGUGAUCCAAGCCAUUCGGCAUUGUACCCGUUGAAAUCACCCAAGACCACGAUUUCAGCGGAGGGGAUCUGUGCAAGCACGACGUCAAUUGCAGCUUGAACGCAGCCCAUGAGAUGAUCGGUUUCUGCGUUACCACUAUAGGACCUGUAGACACACGCAUAGAUACGGACGCGGUCGUCUAAAUCUACGCGGAGCCAGAGAGUAGACAGGUCCCUACCCUCAAAAUUGCCGAGACGGCGACAGCAGAUAUCCUCCCUAACGUACACACAUACCCCGGCAUGAGGCAAAAAGUUGUGCUCAAUUUUGUACCCGGGGUACGUUAAAUAUGACGUAUCGCUAGGUCGAGAUAUCUGCGUCUCCGUAAGGAAACACAAGGCCGGCUGCGCCGUCUCAAGGUGGUGGUGGACGGCGAUUAAAUUGGAGUGAAUUCCCCUGAUAUUGCAAAAGUCCACGUUGAGCGUGGAGCGGGGUGCCGUGGUGCUACUUCGUUUGUCCUCGGUCAUGCGCGGUUCUGUGCCCACCCCAGAAUACGAAGGGCGGCCCGAGCGAGAGUGCUCGGGGAGGGAUUCUCCGGCUCUGGUAGAGCUGGUACCCUCCUGGGGUAAUAUCUUUUUACGGACCGCUCUCAUAAUUUGUGUGGGGGGGGGGAAGGGAUGGCCUCCGGUCCUCGACACUAACCUAUGCGAAACAUAGCGGCACUAGGCCGCUACUUCACGCCGGUAUUCUGUGCGAGUGUGGUAAUUAACCCGGACGAGUCUGGCCCGAUUGUGCUGACGUCAUAAGACGGCAGCGUGACUCUCCCACUUCUAAAAAGCCCUUAGUCGCCUCUUACGACACCCAUGGGCCUGGGACUCCCCUAUUCUUUUUACGCCCCGGAGAAAGUACAGGGCAUGAACAUCAGUUCAGAUUUGAAAUUUUAGUGUAAAAAGAGGAAUUGUUAAAAAUUAAUGCCUAGUUAAAGUGAUUACUCAGCUCUUACAAGAAAUGUUAGAAUAGUUAUAAUAGUUGUUUUAAUAAAAAUAUACUACUUUAA